CGGGGCCGGGGCGCGAUGCGCGCUGUGGGCGCGGAGCCCCCCCGGCUCUCCCCGCCCCCGGGGCGGGGCGCAGCGGAGCCCGGCCCGGCGCCGCCUCUGCCCCGGCGGCCGCGGGGAGCUCGGGCUGCGGCGGCGCCGGGCGAUGGCGGCGCGGAAGAAGCGCGGGGGGCCGCGCGGCCUCUAAGUAGGGCAGCGGCGGGGCGGGGGGGCGGCGGCGGCGGCGGGGCCGUCGCGGCGGCGGCUGCGCCAUGCGGGCCGGGCGCGGGGGGCCGGGCGGGAGUCGGCGCCGGGGGCGGUGCGCCCUGCUGCCCGCCGCGGGGCCCGGGGCGCCGGGGCGCUGAGCAACAGUUGGCCCCGCCGCCGCCGCCCAGCAUGAAAGUGUGCCGGCGGAAGGCGCUGGCGCUGUGCCUGGGCUACGCGCUGCUGCUGCUCCUCGCCGCCCUCAACCUGCUGGAGUACAAGUGGCGGCGGGAGCCGCGGCGCUGCGGAGAGCCCCCGGCGGCCCCCCGGCACCGGCCCCCGCCGCCGCCGCCGCCCCCGGCGCCGUCGGUGGGGAGCCGCGGCCCGCAGAGCGCCCGGCGGCAGCUGGUCUACGUGUUCACCACCUGGCGCUCCGGGUCGUCCUUCUUCGGGGAGCUCUUCAACCAGAACCCCGAGGUCUUCUUCCUCUACGAGCCCGUGUGGCACGUCUGGCAGAAGCUGUACCCCGGGGACGCCGUCUCGCUGCAAGGGGCAGCCCGCGACAUGCUGAGCUCCCUGUACCGCUGCGACCUCUCCGUCUUCCAGCUCUACAGCACGGCGGGCGCCGGGAAGAACCUCACCACGCUGGGCAUCUUUGGGGCGGCCACCAACAAGGUCAUCUGCUCCUCACCCCUCUGCCCGGCCUACCGCAAGGAGGUGGUGGGCAUGGUGGACGACCGGGUGUGCAAGAAGUGCCCCCCGCAGCGCCUCAGCCGCUUCCAGGAGGAGUGCCACAAGUACCGCACGCUGGUCAUCAAGGGCGUCCGCGUCUUCGACCUGGCCAUCCUCGCCCCGCUUAUGCGGGACCCGACCCUGGACCUCAAAGUCAUCCACCUGGUGCGGGACCCGCGGGCGGUCGCCAGCUCCCGCAUCAAAUCCCGGCACGGCCUCAUCCGGGAGAGUCUGCAGGUGGUGAGGAGUCGGGACCCCCGCAUCCACCGCAUGCCCUUCCUUGAUGCCGGCCACAAGCUGGGCGGAAAGAAGGAGGGGGGGGGCGGCUCGGACUACCAUGCCCUGGGCGCCAUGGAGGUCAUCUGCAGUAGCAUGGCCAAGACCUUGCAGACUGCCUUGCACCCCCCUGACUGGCUCCAGGGCAAUUACAUGGCCGUGCGCUACGAGGACCUGGUGGUCGAGCCCAUCAAGACUCUGCGGCAGGUGUACGGCUUUGUUAACCUGGCGGUCAGCCCAGAGAUGGAGAAGUUCACCCUCAACAUGACCAGCGGUCCCGGCUACUCAUCCAAGCCCUUUGUGGUGUCGGCCAGGAAUGCCACCCAGGCGCUGAGCGCCUGGCGGACUGCACUCAGCUACCAGCAGAUCAAGCAAGUUGAGGAGUACUGCCACCAGCCCAUGGCCCUGCUGGGCUACGAGAGGGUCGGCAGCCCCGAAGAGGUGAAGGACCUCAGCAGAACGUUGCUCAGGAAGCCGCGGCUGUGACCAGGCAGCGCCAGACACCCCUGGGGGCGGCUGAGCCCCUCCAGGGAGAGGAGCUGGUUCUGCAGGCUUGAAGGAGGGAGGGAGGGAGCUGGGAAAAGCAGCCAGGCUCCCAAUUUCCUCUAAAGACUGAUGAAGGGUAACAUGCAGUAAUGCGAUGAUUUCUUUUUUGUUCAUUUGAUUGUUUUUUUUUCUUCACUUGCAUUGGGUUAGAUGCGAUUAAAAAAAAAUAAAGUGGAACUGAAAAUAUGUGGAAAGUCCCUUUCCCCUUCUCUAAAAUGCCAGGCGAGCUUCUGUACCAAAAUCUUGUUUAUGGAGUUCUGGUGGGUUUGAAGAUGGUUACAAAAACUCCUGCACAAUUCCUAAUACUUGUAUAUCUCCCUUGGUGCAGAGGGGGUGCCCUUGGAAAGCGUAAUGCUGAAAAUAGACUUUUCUUUGAAAGUAAAUGUUCAGAUAUGAUAGUAAUAACAAAAAACAAUAAAUGAUAUUCAUUUUUAUAAUUACCUCAAUUGUUUGGGAAUUAUGGUGUUGCAUAUGUACAGCUAGAGGGGAGGCUCAUUUAAUAAUAGCAAGGAGGACUUUUUUAAGGGUAUGGGUUGAGGGCUGGACUGUAGUGUUUGACGUGUUCAAAGAUUAGAAGCUGCUCUCGCAAAAACAAGUACAGAUCUCACAAAUGCAGUGCAGGUUUUAUGGCUAUGUCAGAGCAGGUUUCCAUAUAAUGGUUGUCCUUUUUGUUGUAUUUAAAAAGUCUUUCAAGUGCCACUGUAUUAGUGUCCUAAGAGUUUUAAAAUGUUUGCCAUCACAGCAGUAUUUAUUUUUGUCUUGACAUAUAUAUCCAGGAGUCACUGUCAAAUAGAAGUGGAUCUACAGUGUGACAAAAACUGCAGGAUUUAAAAGGACAUUUAUCAUACUGGAAACAUUAGCAUGUGUGAAAACUAAAAAUUAUAAAUAUAUAUAUUAUAUAGUGCUAACGAUACAGUGAGAUAUUUAAGGUAUUUCUUGACAUUCAUUGGUAACAGGCAUAGCAGGGAAGCAUAGAAAAAUACAUAAAAUGUUUUAUUUUCCCCCCUUCUCUAAGUGUCUGAGGGUAUAUUUAUGUAUGAGGAGGGAAGAAGCAUACAGCUGUGUGUUCAUAGUUGUAACGGAGCUGUUACAGAGUCAACCUAGCGUUCGAAUUCAGAGAGCGCUGGUUAGAGACUUGCUUGUUGUCAGUUGUCAUUGCUCUAUGAUGGAGCCAGAUGGUGAUCUGGCUCUUUCUGGGAGCUUUGCCUAGAGACUCUGUCCUGUUGUUCAACUUGAUUUAAAAAAAAAUAAAAAUAAUAAUAAAAGGAUUUUACUACUA